UCUCGCUUUCCCUCUCCUGCUCCCUCUCCCUCGCUCUCUUCCUUCACUGUAUAUAAGUAUGGUGGGUGGAUUGUGUGUCAGACAGAGUAAAGGAAUGCCAGAGUGUGGGACAGAUGGAGAGGGGCACAAUCCCUGUGCCUCCCCCUGGAUUGGCUGAUAGUGAUGGUCGCCAUACGGAAUCUACAGAUGAUUGACGACCCCUUCAGUUGAACCAAGCCCCAGGAUGAUCAUGUUGCCCGUCAGCGGUGGCCACUAUCACCACGUCAUGCCUGUGGCUUGUGCCCUCACCUGCUUCUGGCUCCUGCUACUUUUUCAUGCCGUCUUUGGCCAGAAGCCCGCCAAGCUGCCCCUGGUGGGUCGCAAGCCCUUCAUUGCUGCCUGGAAUGCACCGCUGGACCUGUGCACUGUCAAGUACAAUGUCCACACCAACCUGGAGCAACUCUUCCACAUCAGUGGCAGCCCACGGGCCAUCCGCACUGGCCAGAAUGUCACCAUUUUCUAUGCCAAUCGGCUGGGCCUCUACCCUUUUUACACGGACCAGGGCGUCCCCAUCAAUGGAGGCCUCCCCCAGAACUGCAGCCUGGAGGCCCACCUCCUCAAGACGUACAAGGACAUCGUCCAUUUUAUCCCCUCUGAGGACUUUGCUGGACUGGCAGUCAUCGACUGGGAGUAUUGGCGGCCUCAGUGGAACCGCAACUGGCACAAGAAGGACAUCUACCGAUGCAAGUCCCGGGAGAUGAUCGCACAGGCCUAUGUCAACGUGACUCCAUCACAAAUCGAGGUGCUGGCACAAAAACGCUUUGAGAGGAGUGGCCAGGCAUUCAUGCAGAGGACAGUCCAGCUAGGGACGCGCCUUCGCCCCAAUGGACUCUGGGGCUUCUACCUCUACCCAGACUGCCACAACUACAACCUGCAUGAGCACAACUACACAGGCUCCUGCCCCCUGCUAGAGAGCCUGCGUAACGACGAGCUGCUCUGGUUGUGGAAUAGCAGCACAGCAUUGUUCCCCUCAGUGGCUAUCAGGAAGAGUCAAAAAGAUAGUGUCAGCAACCUCCAUUUCUCCCAGUUCAGGGUGCUGGAGUCUCUGAGGAUAGCUGGGCUUACCUCGCACGACUUUGAGCUGCCCACAUUUGUGUACACACGCCUAGGGUACAGGGAUGAGGCUAUGGCCUUCCUCACCACGACAGACUUGAUCCACACCAUUGGUGAGAGUGCUGCUUUGGGGGCUGCAGGUUUUGUGAUCUGGGGAGACCUCAACCUCACUUCAUCCAAACACAACUGCACAAAGGUAAAGUCCUUCCUCAAACACCGUCUGGGUCAAUACAUCACCAAUGUGACACGGGCCGCAGAGGUCUGCAGUGACUUCCUGUGCCAGAGCAACGGCCGCUGUGUCCGCAGGGACCUCCACGCCCCGUACUACCUCCACCUGAGCGGAGACAGCUACCACAUUCAGCCCUCGGGGGACGGGGACUUUGCGGUCACGGGCAAGCACUCGCUGCGUGAGCUCCAACUACUGGCCAAGAGAUUCCACUGUCACUGCUAUGAGGGACACGCCGGGGAGAAGUGUGAUAGCCUGAACAAGGUGGUGGCAGAAGAGGAGGAAGAGGAGGGGGGAGAGUUGGAGGAGGGGGGAGAGGCGGAGGAUGGGGAGAAGGAGCAGAGGGAAAGUGCCGCUCCACAAACUGGGAACAGCUUUAGCUUGGUGGUGUUGCUCCUUCUAUUGAAUGUCUCCUUUGUGUGACUGUGGUAUGAUAAUAGCACUUUAAGUGUCUUGUGUUGUUUGGGGUAGGGGAGACAGAGCUUGAAGUCACUUCCAUGGGAACUGCUAUUACGUAAUGCUGUGCCGUCGUCCUACAGGGUCCUGUAUUAUAGUGGGUAACGCUUUACUUGAAGGGUACCUGCAUAAUGACUACAUGACACAUCCAUAAUUCAUACACACUUCAUUUGUAAAGUCUGAUUAUAUCUAACAAUGGGACCAAUAUAAACUCUGGGCGAUUCUUUUGUCAUUUUGCAUUUAAGCAUGCGUUGCCAGCAACAGCAUUUAUUUGCUGAAAGUGAGCUAACUUCCUAACUUGUCACCUCACCGCUAUCACUACUGGUACCAUUGUAAGCACUGACAAUGAAAAGGUGUCUGGGAGUCUUGCUCCAGUCUUCCCUAAUACUGUGUAGUUUCAUAUAGCAAUAAGCUUGACAUUUGCACAACUCAAAUGAGUUUCUUUUUUCAUGGUAAGCCUAUCAUUGAAUGAUAAUUAAUUUCAAUAGAUGAUCUAAUUUGGCUAUUAAAGGCACAAUAAAGUUGAAAAAUUACUAGACACUGCGCAAUUUGAAAAAGCCUUUGGUGUAUUUUUUUAAUCGAACAUGUUAGGAACCACAUCACAUUUGGGCCACAAGACCUUCCACAUGUGUAAUAGGUGACGUAUAAGAAUGUUGUGCAACAUCGGUGCUAUGGAGGUUGACAGUUGUUUCUUUCCCACACCUUUCUGCAAACAUUGGUGUUCAAGCAAAGUCAUAUUCAGACGGAACAUCUCAUCGAUUCACCGUUCAAAAAGAAUCCCAAACCUUACUUAUCACUCUGACAUUGAAGCUUGAAGUGCAGAUAGAAAGUGGGUCACCAGCAAUUGAAUAGACAAGGUAUUUAAUCAUCAGCCUUUGCCUUUCCUCCUUAGUACUUUGUCAAUACUAAUUAGGACACUUAGAAGCUAUUUUUUUUUCAACAUCAAAUUCAGUGUCUUCUACCCAGGUUACUCUUGAAAUGUGUGUUGAAAACUGUGUAAAAUGAUUUAUGUACAAUUUUCAUACUAAACUGGAAUGUAAAACCAUUAUAUGUCACAUAUGGACAAUAUUUUAUUUGAAUGGAAAUAAUAGAAAUGUUUAAAAUCUUGCAAGUUUUGUUCAUGUUGUUGUUUACCCAAUGCACGAUGGCACUGUACAAUGUACUCCAAAUGUUAUUUCCAAGGGCUAGUCUUAUAACUGAUGUAGCAGCAAUAUAAGGCAAGUUUCUUUGUGGAUGCUUUACUUUUUGUUGAUGUGUAAUGUGUAUGGAUAAGCGGUUCAUAUACAUUUGAAGUCGGUUAGGAUCACCACUUUAUUUUAAGAAUGUGAAAUGUCAGAAUAAUAGUAGAGAGAAUGUGUUAUUUCAGCUUUUAUUUCUUUCAUCACAUUCCCAGUGGGUCAGAAGUUUACAUACUCUCAAUUAGCAUUUGGUAGCAUUGCAUUUAAAUUGCUUCCUCCUGACAGAACUGGUGUAACUGAGUCAGAUUGGUAGGCCUCCGUGCUCCCACACAUUUUUUCAGUUCUGCCCAUACAUUUUCUAUAGGUUUGAGGUCAGGGUUUUUUGAUGGCCACUCCAAUACCUUGACUUUGUUGUCCUUAAGUCAUUUUGCCACAACUUUGGAAGUAUGCUUGGGGUCAUUGUCCAUUUGAAAGACAUUUGCAACCAAGCUUUAACUUCCUGACUGAUGUCUUGAGAUGUUGCUUCAAUAUAGCCACAAUUUCCCUCCCUAAUGAUGCCAUCUAUUUUGUGAAGUGCACCAGUCCCUCCUGCAGCAAAGCAUCCCCACAACAUGAUGCUGCCACCCCUGUGCUUCACAGUUGGGAUGCUGUUCUUCGGCUUGCAAGCCUCCCCCCUUUUUUCCUCCAAACAUAACGAUGGUCAAUAUGGCCAAACAGUUCUAUUUUUGUUUCAUCAGACCAGAGGACAUUUUUCCAAAAAGUAUGAUCUUUGUCCCAAUGUGCAGUUGCAAACCGUAGUCUGGCUGUUUUUAUGGCAGUUUUGGAGCAGUGGCUUCUUCCUUGCUGAGCAGCCUUUCAGGUUAUGUCAAUAUAGGACUCAUUUUACUGUGGAUAUAGAUACUUUUGUGCCUGUCACCUCCAUCAUCUUCACAAGGUCCUUUGCUGUUGUUCUGGGUUUUAUUUGCACUUUUCGUACCAAAGUACUUUCAUCACUAGGACUUUCAUCACUUCAUUGGAAAUUGCUCCCAAGGAUGAACCAGACUUGGGGAGGUCUACAAUUUAUUUCUGAGGUCUUGGCUGAUUUCUUUUGAUUUUGCCAUGAUGUCAAGCAAUGAGACACUGAGUUCCAAGGUAGGCCUUGAAAUACAUCCACAUGUACACCUCCAAUUGACUCAAAUGAGAAGCUUCUAAAGUCAUGAUGUUUUCUGGACUUUUCUAAGCUGUUUAAAUGCACAGUCAACUUAGUGUAUGUAAACUUCUGACCCACUGGAAUUGGGAUACAGUGUGUUAUAAGUGAAAUAUUCUGUCUGUGAACCAUAGUUGGAAAAAUUACUUUUGUCAUGCACAAAGUAGAUGUCCUAACCAACUUGCCAAAACUAUAGUUUGUUAACAAGAAAUCUGUGGAGUGGUUGAAAUACUUAGGUUGGAGUCAUUAAAACUAGUUUAUGUAAAUUUCCAACUUCAACUGUAAGUAGUUCAAACUUCAUUAACAUUUCAUAUAUUUAUCAUUAUGUCUACUUUUUAAUGGAUGAGUGGAUGAUUUAAUCUCAGAAUCACAUCAGUCUUGAUUGGCAGGCAAUGGAGCUGGCUCAUACAGUAUAUUGGGGCGGCAGGUAGCCUAGUGGUUAGAGCAUUGAGCCAGUAACCGAAAGGUUGCUGGAUUGAAUCCCUGAGCUGACAAGGUAAAAAAAUCUGUCGUUCUGCUCCUGAACAAGGCAUUUAACCCACUAUUCCCCGGUAGGCCGUCAUUGUAAAUAAGAAUCUGUUCUUAACUGACUUGCCUUGUUAAUUCAGGGUUAAAU